AUGACUGGCCUAUUGGAUCUUCCUGAGGAAGUUCUACUCGAAAUAUUACUCAAUGUACCCACAACUGUUGAUUCCAUCAAUCUAGCGCAAACAUCGCGUAACUUCUGGAAGUUGACUGCGUCGAGAUCAUUCUGGAGGCGUAUCUUAUAUCUGCAGACAAGCACCCACAGGGCACCCGUCCUGCGCAACUUUCAGCACAGUUCCACCGAGGAGAUUAAGUGCCUUCUGCAAGACGUUUCCGCCUUUGAUCGUAUCCUCAAAGACGACAAAUUGCCUGAACCUAAAAAAAUAUGGACCUUGGAGCUACCAGAGUGUCCCGAAGAGAUCUUUGUAGAGGAAAACAGUCUCACCUUUGAGCUGACAAAGUCGGUGGUUGACUGGAAGCGACGCAUAGAACCUGUCUUGUGGACAUGGAUGCUAGACGAUGCCGUUCAUAUGCUUUCCAUGUCCCUUGGAGGUAUAAUGCGGCUAUGGAAUCUUACGACAAAGCAGAUUGUCCUUUCCAUCGAUGUAAUGGGCGCACCCCUAUGCUGGGAUUGUUGGAUAGAUGAAGAAGGAAUCACGCUACUUGUCAACAGUGAGAUAGAAAACGGCGCCGUAGAGACGUUUCGUGUAUGGCGAUAUACGUGGAGAACCGCUACCAUUGCUCUUUUGGUUCGAAGGCAGAUGAUAGGUGAUGUGAGGGCCAACUUUAUUCGUAACAAACAAAUGGGAUGCGUCGGCCUCACCCAUGACGGGAUCAUCUAUGUCUAUCUCGUCGACCGAGAGACACUUAAAGAGAUUCAGUUCGAAACUGGAUUCAGACUCCCUGCCACACUUUCCGCAGCCACCUCGGAUUCCGAAUUAUUUUUCUAUGCAGAACGAUCUGGCUUUGCCAUUUACUACUCCUACAACCUGGAUCAUCUUUGCAAGUACCUUGGUGAUGCAAGCCCCGCGACCGAGUUUCCUCACGCCAUUCGAAAGGUGUUUACCUUCCAAGUAGACACAUGGGACCUGUCCGAUAUGUCUUUUCCUACUUGUAAAAGUCUAGCAGAUGGUAGACUUGGCGUGUUCAGCCGCUUGUCUGCUGCAGGAUCAGCCCAGGGAGACUAUCUUACAUUGGCCACUUUGGACACGAGAUUCAACUCUCCUAACGAGGCGCUUAUUGAAGCAAGGAGGAGUAUAUCAAGAACGGUCGCUGGUCAGGUUUCUGUCGCCUGUCACGGAGACUGGAACUUGUACGGAACGGGGACGUAUGGGAGAGCCGCCGUAUGGAUGGAGGACGACGGCUCUGCACCUAGUGGCGAUACAAUACCUCUCCAGAACUACAAAAUGUGCUUUGCGACAUUCGCAGACGCAGCUUUACCCCUAGAACCGGAUUCGGCUGCUUCAUCUACGCCCCUCAGCACCACUGUGGAAGUGGACGAGAACCACACCAUGGACGAGAGCGGUUCUUCGUCGACUUACAGUCACAGCCAUGGCUCUGAAUCAACGGAAACAAGCUCGAGUAACCAAGGUUCCCACUUAGAGGGCGACGAAGAAGAACUGGAGGAGGAUGCACAGGAAGUAAUUUGGGAUCGACAGCUUGAAGCUCCUGAACGGCCUCUGGCCACGUCUGGUCACAUAUGCGAGUUUGAACUCUCUGCAGACAUGGCUAGAAAGUAUGGAGGGUUCAAUACCGUAGACUUUGACGAUGCUCGAGGGCGCGUGGCGUUUGCGACUGGAAGCGGGAAGAUUCUCAUCUACGAGUUUGUCCGUGGGGAGUAG